CAUUACGUCACACGGAUAAUUCAGCCGGUGAAAACUAAACUCACGUGGGUUAUGUAAAUACGGCAGGUUAACUACCACCACGUCCUUCUUUAGCUGCAAACACUUUAUUUAGAUACAGUUACUAACUAUUUAUUAAAAGUGAACAAUGCAUCGUGUUUAUCGCUCGAGGUGGCUUUUAUCCGGGGUGUCCUUGACAGUUGGCAUCGGUGCGGGUGCCGCUUUGACACGAACUGGCGAUCGCCAUAAUAAAGCUCAAGACACGAGCAACGGACUUCUUGACCGUUUACCGAUCAUCCCGAUACCUAGCGUGGAUGCGGCAACAGAAAUCACUCCCUAUCAACCGGGACAAAUCGCUGUGAAUAAAUCCACAGCUGCCAUGAAGUACGGUUUCCCUUCACUGUCCAACAUCAAGUCCAGAGAGUCUUACGUGACCUCCUAUGACCCCAGAAACAGGACCGCGGCGUGGGUCAUCGAGCAGCUCAACGGUGAGACUUUAACCGGGACGUCGGACAGGAAGUUCUGCGAGUUUAAGGAAGACGAUUCUGUACAUGUUUACCACAGGGCGAGCAAUGCGGAUUAUAAAGGCAGUGGGUUUGACAGGGGUCACCUAGCUGCAGCUGCCAAUCACAAGUGGAGUCAGAAAGCCAUGGAUGAUACAUUUUACCUGAGCAAUGUGUCACCACAGAAUCCUCAUCUAAACCAGAAUGCAUGGAAUAACCUGGAGAAAUAUUGUCGCUCUCUCACCAAGCAUUAUCAUAAUGUAUUUGUCUGCACUGGACCACUUUACUUACCCCGACAAGAGCCUGAUGGGAAAAUGUACGUCAAGUAUCAAGUUUUGGGAAAGAAUCACGUUGCUGUGCCGACUCACUUUUUUAAGAUUUUAAUUCUCGAAAAGCCAAGAGGAGACGUAGAGCUGCGGUCUUACGUGAUGCCCAACAUGCCCAUAGAUGAGAAGAUUCCACUGGAACGCUUCCUGGUCCCUAUUGAGAGCAUUGAGAGGGCAUCUGGACUGCUCUUUGUACCCAACAUCAUGAAGAGAACCCGCAGUCUGAAAGCUAUUACUGCAGGACCAUGAUGAGUUUACAGUAAUUGAUUGGGUCUAAUAUUAAAAGUAAAAUACCUUGUUUUUUGCAAAUGCAAGUCACUGUCACACAAUCAGGAUAGGAGUAUUUUUACACUCUUAAAGGGACAGUAAGUAGGGUUUUAAGUGUUUUAUUAAUCAAAAUCAAUGUCUUUAUUCAUAAAUAUGUCCUCGUUGGUGUCAAAUGACCUCUGCCAAUGAUCUGACUUUUCUUUGUAAGUUUAGAAUUUCUUCUCUUUACUUACAUUGAACGGUUAAGUCAAAGGAGGCUUUUAUGUCGUUUCGCCAUACUGAUAAACUAUAAUAGCAGAGAGGGACAAAAAGCACUAGCCUACCAAUGCGUUUCCACAACGUGUUUUCAUUCAGAACAGGUGAACCAGCUGAAACGGACAAGGAGAUCAGUGAUUACACAAUGGCUACCGUAGUUGCAACACACAUUUGAAAAAGCAAGGCACUAGAGAGGACUAUUCGUUUGAAUGCAAAAUACAAUUUUACCACUAGAUGGGGGUAAAUCCUACUUAUUGUCCCUUUAAAAAAGUGCUUAAACGGUCCUUCACAUCAUUGCCAUAGAAGAACCAUUUUGGUUCCUCAAAGAACCAUCAGUCAAAGGUUCUUAAAAUAACUGUUUAUUUCAUAUCUUUUUAUAAUCUAAAGGAUCUUUUGUGAAACAGAAAGGUUCGGCAGAUGUUAAAGAUUAUUUAAGGAACCAUUCAGCCAAAAAUGGUACACUUCAAAAAAAAUUGUGACAAAUAGCACUAAAGCUCUUAAUCAUAGGGGAACCAUUUUUAGUGCGAUAUAGCACCUAUAAAGCACAUAUGAAGAACAAUCCGGGGGUGAUAUAGCACCACUUUACCACCAAAUAUGGUUCUAAAUAGCACAAUAUGGUGCUGCACAGGUACUACACUGUAAACAAUGAUAUUCAAGAAAAAAAUCUUAGUAUUUUUGUCUUGUUUUCAGUAAAAAUAUUUACAAAUUCUUAAAUUAAGAUGCUUUUUCUUGAUGAGCAAAACGACCCAAGAAAAUAAGUCCAAAGAAAAUUUAGACCAAAAAUAUUAAAUUUAAGUGAUUUUGUGCAUAAAACAAGCAAAAAAAUCUGCCAAUGGGGUA